GGGGGGUCAAGGGAGGGGAUCCUGGGUGCAAGUGGGGUGCAGGGAGCAAACUGCGUGCAAAGAGUGGGCAGGGAGCGUGCAAAGAGUGUGCAGGGAGUGUGCAGGGAGCAUGCAACCGGUGUGCAAAGAGUGUGCAGGGAGCGUGCAGCCAGUGUGCAAAGAGUGUGCAGGGAGCGUGCAACCAGUGUGCAAAGAAUAUGCAAAGAGUGUGCAGGGAGCGUGCAAGCGUGGUGCCAGCAUAGUGCAGGAAGCGUGCAACCCGUGUGCAAAGUAUGUGCAAAGAGUGUGCAGGGAGUGUGCAAAGAGUGUGCAGGGAGCGUGCAAGCAUGGUGCCAGCAUAGUGCAGGAAGCGUGCAACCCGUGUGCAAAGUAUGUGCAAAGAGUGUGCAGGGCGUGUGCAAAGAGUGUGCAGGGAGCGUGCAAUCAGUGUGCAAAGAGUGUGCAGGGAGCGUGCAACCGGUGUGCAAAGAGUGUGCAGGGAGCGUGCAGCCAGCGUGCAAAGAGUGUGCAGGGAGCGUGCAACCAGUGUGCGAAGAAUAUGCAAAGAGUGUGCAGGGAGCGUGCAACCAGUGUGCGAAGAAUAUGCAAAGUGUGUGCAGGGAGCAUGCAACCAGCGUGCAAAGAGUGUGCAGGGAGAAUGCAACCAGCAUGCAGAGAGUGUGCAGGGAGCAUGCAACCAGUGUGCAAAGAAUAUGAAAAGAGUGUGCAACCAGUGUGCAAAGAGUGUGCAGGGAGCAAACUGCGUGCAAAGAGUGUGCAGGGAGCGUGCAGCCAGUGUGCAAAGAGUGUGCAGGGAGCGUGCAAGCGUGGUGCCAGCGUAGUGCAGGAAGCGUGCAACCCGUGUGCAAAGUAUGUGCAAAGAGUGUGCAGGGAGCGUGCAACCAGUGUGCAAAGAGUGUGCAAAGUGUGUGCAGGGAGCGUGCAACCAGCGUGGAAAGAGUGUGCAGGGAGCAUGCAACCCGUGUGCAAAGUAUGUGCAAAGAGUGUGCAGGGAGCGUGCAACCAGUGUGCAAAGAGUGUGCAGGGAGGACAGGGGGUGCGGGCGGGCGGGCGGCGUCACCGCCCCAUGGACACAUCCCCACCGUGA